AUGACUUUGCAACGCCAACCGUUUGGGCACUGCAGACCCGUAGCUCCCAGAAGAAUACCGUUUGUACUUUCGGGCCGCACAACAUUGUCAGAACAUCUACCCGCCGAAAUCAUCGAUGUGCCAAUCACGGUAGCGCAACGCUCAUUAUACCUACGCAACGCAGUCGCGCGACAAGCUUUGAACGCCCUCACCGAACGACAGAUCAGACUUCCUGAUGUCGACCCCACGGGAUUUAGAAUGUACAUCGACUGGUUAAAAGUUGGUCGCGUCGAGUUUCACAUAUCCACAUCGACUAACACGGGCACCGGACUACUAUUGCGAGAUUCUUUUGACCUUAUUUUUGCGCAUAUGGCUGGCUCUCAACUAGAAGAGCCAAACUUCCAGGACUACAUCAUCGAUGAACUAUCGAAGCUUCUGGACGCUUCACAGACGCCUGAUUUGAAGGUUCUCGAGGUAGUGUUCCUAGAGAAGGGCGCUUCGAACAUUCUCAAGCAAUUUGUCAUUGACAGGAUGUUCGCUGUCGAGCGGAGAAUGCUGAGUAUGAUGAGGGGCUUUGUUGGCAGUACGGAAGCUAUCCGCGGAUGUGAGUACCAUGUGCAUGAAGCGGGGGAAUGUUACAGGCAUAGAACCGUGGCGAAAUUCGAAAGCAGGCAUAGCCUCCCCAACAACUCGAACGAUGGAUUUAAUGCACGUGAGCUAAGCGUUUACAACGGCAGCGAACGCUUCCAAGCAUCGACUCCAACACUACCAUACAAAACAACAUCCGCAAACGCUCCAUUCUACAAAAUGGCCGAUGCAGCAUACUUUGGCUCUGCAGAGUGGUCUCGAGAAGUCCGCGGUCUCGGCCGACAUAGUCCUAUGCAGGAUCUUCGCACUGACAAGCCUUUACCCGUGAUCCCUCCACUAACACCAGGAACUUCGCCAAGUCCACCCUCUUCCUCCUGCUCCCUCGUUUCCAGUCUUUCAAACAACAAAACUGCCUACCUGAGUACACAGCAGCUCAUAUCCGAAUGUCUUGCCCGCCUCCCCCCCUUACCAACCCCAUCAAUCCUAGCUUCUGAUCCAGAUCCACAUGCUUCCGCUGUGCCGGUACUAAUUAUGGAGUGUCUAGAGCGUUUCAAACGGAACAACACGGAGAGAGCAUCGAGUUCUGAAUCUGAAGACUCACCUGCUGAACACCUGCGGCAGAGAUACGCUUCGCCGGACAUUCCGAUUCCAGUGAAGAGGCCCAUUCUGCAAGCAAGAUCUCAAAAGCACGUACGCUGGCAACCAAGUUUCGAAGAACUUCCAAAACCCGCUCGAAAGGAACUGAGAGCGGAAUUUCCGGUGCGACAGCGCUCAUUCUCAACACGCCCAGCUUCAACGUCAUCCUCAACACGCCCAAACACAUCAACACACUCACCAUCCAUCCCUCAUUCUCCAGCAUCACCCACUUUAUCAAUACCCCGCAAGCCUGCCCCCCACCGCGGCUCCGACUGGCUCACGCAAUACAAUCUCAUCAACACGCUGAGCACCACGCCCAAAGCCUCUAUGAUUGCAGCAAAGCCGUCCAAGAAGUCGCGUUUUGUGGAGAUGUUGAGGAGUGAUAGCGGGUUGAGUAGGAGAAGGGUAGGUAUGGGGUCGGGGAUGGAGUUGGAGAGGGAGGGUAGUGUCAUUAGGAUCAAAAGUGCGAUGGAUUAA